UGGGAAAGAGAAUCUCAUACCUCAUUGUCAAAUCAAAGUAGAAGAAGUAUUCUAAACCCACUCUUAACAUCAACAUCCAUCCUCCAUUCCCUCGCCUAACAAGAAAACUUCCCAUCUUUUUUCACCAAAUUUCAUCUUAUCCAAAAUCCCCCAUUCCUCUCUCUGUAAACCCACAUUGAAAUUAUCGUAUCAGAAUGAUCGGAGCUCAGUUGAGGAUCCGACCCGUCGCCGGAAUUUUAACGGAUCUGCCGGAAACUAGGCGGUGGAGUUCCAGUUGGCACUGUUACUCCUCGAUUCGGAAUAUUUCCUAUCAUUUAUGUUCUAGAAAUAGGCAUUGUAGAAAGACGAGAUUGAUGGUGAUUUGUAGCAAGUCAUCACGUGGAAGCUUUAAUUGGAAAUCCAAUCAGAGUGAUGAACGUGAUGAUGAUGAUGAUGAUUAUAUUGAAGCCGUCCUCCUCGUUUCAGAGACAACGAGGCACUACAAAAUGCGUAUGCAUGGAUUUCAAGAAGAACCAAGAUGGCACUCAUCUGCUCACUUGGCUCUUUCUUUUCACCCCAAGGAUCGUAUCGCUGAUGCAUCAUCUUUAGGGACAGGAUUUCUUCGCCGUUUCAAGAAUCCAACUAUUUUUCUUAAGAUUUCUUGUGAUGCAGAAUAUGUCUUACCAGUUAUUGUUGGUGAACAUGCUGUCGAAAAACUGAUAGAUUCAUUGCAUGAGGAGGAGGCUGAGGAUUACCCCGACCAGUUCCUGCUUUUGAGGAAUCUAUUGGCGAAAUUUGGCUAUGAAGUUAAAAUGGUGAGGAUUACCGAAAGAGUGACUAGUACUUACUUUGCCAGAAUAUAUUUCCAAAAGCCAGGGGAAAAAGAUAUUAUUAAUGUGGAUGCUCGUCCUUCAGAUGCCAUUAAUGUUGCCAAAAGAUGUAAGGCACCAAUUUUUGUAAAUAAGCAAAUUGUCUUGACUGAUGCAACGAGGAUAGGUUAUGGAAUGGACCGAUCUAGCAGAAUUAAGUCCACGUAUGAUGUAUUAUUAGAUAGUGCAUCAGAUGGCCCCGAUUUACUUUCAGAAGAACUUAGUAUGUUGAGAAAUAUGAACUUAGCAGCGAAUGAGGAGAGGUACAAUGACGCAGCUAUGUGGAAGGACAAACUGAUGAGACUUCGUGAGAAGACAUGAGCUCUAAAUCUUUCUCCAGAAAUAAAAUGUAAAUAUUCCAUCUGGAUUCGACGAUAAAGGAUGGCAGCUACGACACAGCGCUGUAUUUCAACUUUUCAACAACAUACUAACAAAAGUUUCAAGGAAUCAAUAAUCUACAGGGAAGUUCGGAAAUUAUUGUUGUGUACAGGUUUCCCUUGUGUCGGUUGGCUUUUUAUCUAGCUAACCGCGACAAUGCAACCUCUAGGUAAAACUGUAUAUAGUUUAUUUGCCGAAGAAUAUAUCAAGUCUGUGAGAAUAGCAUGUACAGAAAAGACGAGAAUUUGUUUAGACCUAAUCAUCUCGUGUAACAGAUAUUGCAAGUAUGGUAUGCCUUAAAAGCCGUGUGGGGGAUAUAUUACCAUGGCAUACAGAUGGUGUCUUUCCUUUGGCUCUUUGAUGGCAACCAUCUCCACUCAUAGAUUGCUGUAUAAAGUUAAAGAAGGGGGCUUGGCUAUGCUGAACUGUAUUGUAGAGAAGGCUUACGUGAAUCUGAUCAAUGUACAUAUUAUGUUUUUUGAGGCGAAAAUAGAUACUUCGAUUAUAAUAGUGUUA